GCCCAAGCAACCACCCGUCCUCCAAUUUUUGGGGAUUAAUUUUCCUUUCCCUCCCUUCCCCAACGUAAACGAGAGCAGAAGCUUCGCCCCGCUCGAGGCAGCAAGAACCCGCUCCGCCCCUCGAUCGAUCAGCGGCGAGACCCAUCGACCUCUCGGCAUCCCGUUCGACGGAAUGCCCCCUGAGGGCGCAGCGGCGCAGGGGGCGGCCGGAGGCGGCGCCGGCGACCGCCUCGGCGGCCUCCCCGACCGGGUCCUCCUCCGGGUCCUGUCGCACCUCAAGGCGUGGGAGGCGGUGCGCACGUGCGCGCUCUCCAGGCGCUGGCGCAACCUGUGGGCCUCCGCGAGCCGCCUCGACAUCCGCCACCCGUGCGGCUGCGCCGGCGCCGAAGCCGACGACAUGCUCCAGCCGCCGGAGGCGUUCGCCACGUUCGUCAAGAACCUGCUGCUCCGGCGGCGGCCGAUGGCGCCGUUGGACUCGCUCCGCCUCUGCUGGAGCCACGAGGCUCCCGACGGCAACGCCAACUUCUGGAUCGCCUACGCCGUCAGGCACGGCGCGGAGGAGAUCGAGCUCUCCGGGGAGCACCACCUCGUGAACCCGUCGCCGAAGUACACGAGCUUCAUCGUUGAUGGCGAUGAGUUCGUCAAGACUCGCCUCAGGAUCUUGAAGCUUACCCAUGUCCGGCUGGAUGGCACCACCCUCACGCAGCUCUGCUCUAGGUGCGCCUGUUUGAAAGAACUGGAGCUCAGGAAUUGCCUCAUACCGCACGAGACGACGAUUCAGCCGAUCUUGCUGGAGCGUUUGACCAUGAUCAGGUGCUACGUCAUGAAGCAACUCUCUGUCUAUGCUCCGAACCUUGUCGCGCUGCAGUUCAGCAGAAAUUUUGGAUUUGUUCCGUGGAUUCAGAACUUGGGGUUGCUAGCAGCAUCCAAUAUCAAGCAACUGGCAGCAGCAUCCAAUAUCAAGCAACUGGCACCGCGGCGUAAGUACCCUGAGUGCUCCAGCCUUGGUUUUUGCAACCUUAGGAUCUUGAAGCUCUCCCGUGUCAAGAUGGACGACACCACCCUCACACUGCUCUGUUCUAGAUGCACUUCUUUGGAACAGCUAGAGCUUAGUGAUUGUUCGGUUGUGGGCGAGAGGAUAUGGUCCACCUCGCUGAAGUAUCUGACCAUGAUCAGCUGCAAAUUCGCUAUUGGAUUCAGGAUAGAUGCGCCGAACCUGGUCUUGCUGUGCUGCAUUGAACCUUUUCAGCAUUUUCCUCUGACCCAGAAAAUGGAAUUCCUAGUCACAGCGACCAUUAUUCUUUAUGACAAUUGCUUGCUUCCAGAUUGCCAAUGGCUACAGGAGAAAGAUGACUCAGAUGAUAACAGCAAUGAUGAUUCUGCUAAUGACUCUGGUGAUAACAAGCACAACGAAUCUGAUGAUAAUAGUAAUUACUAUGAUUCUGAUCGGUCUGCACCUAGUGAUGAGGAGGAGGAUGACCGUAUUGUGGGCUAUGGUGAGAUUUCAAGGGAGCAUAUACAUAAAGCAUACAAGUAUUUGAUUUAUGGUCAUAAAACCCGUGCGGGUGAACCUGUGGAAAGUUAUGGAAAUAAUGAGAGAAAUGUUUCUGGUAAUUUUGGUGGUGUUGCUAUGCUUUUGAGCCUCUCACAUGUUAAAACAAUGCACCUGUUAGCUCAUCCAGGAGAGGUGCUGCUGACGAGGGAGUUGAAAUCAUGCACUGACUUCAAAAACCUGAAGACUCUGACCCUUGGUGAAUGGUGUAUAACUCCUGGAUUUGAUGUUUUAGCAGCCAUGCUAGGGCACUCGCCAAACUUAGAGAACCUUUUUCUCCAGCUUGACAUGGCCUAUAACAGCAGAGUGGAUUUCAAUCCAAGGGCAAGUUCAUUCGAGUGCACCAACCUGAAGAUGGUGCGCAUCACCUGCUGUAAGCAUGAUGUAAUGGUCCACACAUUGGCAGAAUUCUUCAGUGAGAAUAACAUACCCGAUAACAAGAUUUUUGUCCGUCGGUCCGCCUGCUCUGGAUGUGUUGGAGGCACAAGCUCUCAGGCGAAGCGCAAGGCGCAAAGCGAAGCUAACAGAAGAGAAGCAAAGUGGAUGAAAGCAGGUAACUGAGGAAGACCCAGCUGAUGAGGCUACACUGAUGUCAUACGGCGAUUGUGUUGAAGAAGACGAUUAGUUGAGGCAACUUGUUGUUAUCUCACUGUCUUAGUGAAUUGCUCAGUUUGUAUUGAAUUCUGAGCAAAAAUGUGGCAGAACUUGGAUGCAUUUCCCGUUGGUGCGUCAGCAUCAGUAUAGGUAAAACUGUACAUGUGUCCAUUUGGUUGUAUGGAAAUGCUUGAUAAAAAAUUCAGAAUGUAUAGUGAACUUGGAACAAAAGCUUCAGAUGUCCUCUGCUGAGGACCAAAGGAUACAUACUGUUCGUGAUUCUA